GAAAUACAAAGUAGGUUAAUUAUUUGUACGAAAAAGGAUUCCGAAGAUCUUUUUCUUAUUGCAAUUAACGUACAUUUAUACAUUAAGAAAAAUAUCAUUUUAAUUAGUUUGUACUAUUCUCUGGAUUAAAAAAUUUAUGUAUAAGGCUAGCUAGGCUAGCUAGGUAUAAUUAAAGCCCGGAAUCCUAAAAUCCGGACAAUGAUCGAAGACACAGAAAUAGCAGCGUUAUCCACAACUGGCAAAAUAGAUCCGACAGAGUUCGAUGUGACGAUUGCAGCGUUAUUGACGGGCUUAGGUGCAACUAAAUAUAUUAAGAUUUUCAAAAAGCACAAUAUAGGACAAAGUACUCUCAUAGAAUUAACAAAUGAAGACCUCAUAAAACUAGGCUUAGAUGAUGAUGACAUCAGAAAGAAGUUAUUGGAAGAAAUAAAAAAUUUACCCAUUUAUGAAGAAUUUUCAAUAGAGUCAAGAAAUGAUUUUGGUAUUAGUCCAACUGAAAUUGCUGAUAUAUUGGAAGCAAGCUCUGAGCACCUGUACAGAAUAUACUUGAGUAUAAUGGCCAACACGUUAGCUUUGAAGAAAACUAAGAAUAUUACAGACUGUUUGAUAUACCGUGAUCAGUACGCCUCGAAUAUGGCACAGGCAGUAUUGAGUGAACUGACAACGAUUUUAAAUUCAAUGGAAAUCGCAUUGCACACAAGGCUAAAGGUACUCACGUCUGAUACGAAAAAGCGUAAAAACAAAAAAAUCAUCGUGGGAGUCACAGGUAGUAUCGUGAUAGCAAUUUUAACCGCGUUUUUUGUACAAUCUUUAAAGAGACUUUGAUAAAUAAGUAUGUUACUUAUUGACCCACGCUAUCAGCAUACGGCCCAGCAACUAUUAAUAUUUAGAAUGCGAUAAGUUUUUUCAACAUAUUAAAAUAUAUUUUAUUCUGAAA